AUGACGACUCCGACUCGGGAACCGAGGAUGAGCUUAGCGGACGGGAAGUUAGCGCAGACCGCCUCUCGUGGCGGGACUGCUAGCGAAAGCGCUGCCGCGUUACUUCCGGGAAAGCCGGCUGAUGCAGCAGAGGGUGGAAGUGACGCGAGGGAAGGAGGAGCAGGAGGAGGGGGAGGACGAGGAGGAGGAGAAGGAAAAGAAGGAGGAGAAGGAGAAGGGAAAUUAGGAAACGGAGGGAGCGCGGCGGCGAGAGGAAGACACGGCGGCGAGGUACGAGACGCUGAAGCUGGAAGCACGUCCAGCGACGUGGGUGGGUUAGAGGGACGCGCCGAUUCGGUCGAGCAUACGGAGAGCAGCGGGAAUGCAGGAGACUGGGAUUUGGCAUGGGAUGACGAGACGGACGAGGAGAAGGAGAAGGCGGAGGGGAAGGCGGAGGGGAAGGCGGAGGGUAAGGCGGAGGGGAAGGCGGAGGGGAAGGCGGAGGGGAAGGCGGAGGAGAAAGGGGACGCGGAGACCGCAGGGACGGCGAAAGGCGGCGAAAGGGAGGAGGAGGUCAAUGCGGGUGCGACUGGCAGUGCAGGGGUUGUUGCUGCUGCUGCCGCUGCUGCUGCUGCCGCUGCUGCUGCUGCUGCUGCUGCUACGGCAACUGCAGGUGGUGCUCCGCCAUUCGCGGAGGGCAAGGGCGCGUCGUUCAUGGACGCCUCGCGCCCGCUCUCCUCGCACCCCUUCAUGCACGGCCCUGCCAUGCCGCGCGCCGACAUCUGCACCGAGUUCUACAUCAUCCGUCACGGGGAGGCAGCGCACAACGUGUCAACGCUCAUAGGGGGGCGGUCGCCGCAGGCAGCGCUGACCCCUCUGGGCGAGCAGCAGGCGGUGCUGCUGGGACGGUACCUGAGGGACUACGUGGGCGUGCGCUUCCACGCCAUCUUCUCCUCGCCCAUCGAACGUGCCAAGCGCACCGCCAUCCUCGCCUGCCAGGAGAUGGGGGUAUCAGAGGCAGUGAUCCGGUACGCGGACGAGCUGCAGGAGCUGAGCCAGGGGCAGUGGGAGCGGCAGCCGCGCGCACGCAUCUACCAGCGCGGCGUGCUGGAGCAGAUGGUGGCCGCUCAGCCUGACUUCCGGGCGCCUGGGGGAGAGAGCCAACGACAGGUUGAGUUCCGUAUGGUCGAGUUUGUGAGCAAUAUCGUUUUCGUUCGGCAGCAUCUGGAAGCCCUUGCUUCCACUCCCUCUGCACCACCUUCCACCGCGCAGAACCCCGCAUCUGCCCCACCCUCAAAUCUAUCCACCAAGCCUGAACCAUUGCAGAUUUCCAACACCCAGGCUGCUGCUGAUUCAGUCUUCUCUCAUGGCACUGCCAUACGGUGCCUUGUGCGUGGCGUGUUGGGUUCUGACCCCCACCUCACCCACAACAUUGGCAUUGACAACACAUCCAUUUCUAUUCUCCGCCAUACUGCUCGGAGAGGAUGGCAUCUGGUGAAGAUGAAUGACACCACGCACCUCAUUCUUGCACGCGGUCCUUUGCAUUUACACGAUGGAUCUUCCUGA